AAAAUGAUUUGAUGCUACGCUCGAAAAUUAAUAGUUAUAAUUAUAAUACAAUCGUAUAAUUAAUAUAAUUACAAACCCAUAGAGAACUGAUGUAUAAAUUGGUAACUCUUGUGGUUCUCAUUACAGUUUCGCAAACUUAUGCUGAGGAUGGUGUCUUUUCGUGGUACGACGCACCUGCCGGUGCCAUCACAGCCAGUGGUGAACCCUUCGACCCAAACGCCAUGACUGCCGCCCAUAAGACCCUAGCGUUUGGGACUGUAGUCCAGGCGUCGUGUAAUGGCAGGUCUAUCAGCGUUAGGAUCAACGACAGGGGACCGUUCGUCGCCGGGAGGAUACUCGAUGUGACCCCCGCUGGCGGUCGUGAGCUCGUAAUAGACAUCUUAUCCGUGUCCACUAGACUGCCUAUACAUGCCCUCACAGACUUGUGUAAAGGCAAUGUCACCACUGGUGUAGAUGUUAUCAAAAGAUAUAACGCACUGAGAGGCCAGGCUAUGGAUAUAAGGAGGACAACAUUGGCACAUGCUAAUCAUGAUAACCAUGGCAUUUAUCCUGGUAACUGUGGCUAUAACAUCGGCUACAGCGGCUACACCGGCAACACCUGCUACAAAGGCAACACCGGCUACACCGGCAACACCGGCUACAAGGCCUACAACUACUACACGGCCUACAACUACAACACGGGCUACACCGACUACACGGGCUACAACGACUACCCGGGUUAA